AGGGGGAGCUGGGGCAGGGGCGGCCGCGGACGGUGCUCUGCCGCCGGGCGCCGCCGCUCGCAGGCUGCUGGCCUCCCCUCGGACGGGAGCGAGUUUAGGAUCUGCUGCUCGCCGAGCCCUCGGGGCUCACGGGGACCCGGCUGCGGUCAGGCACCGUCGGGGGCUGUGUGUCCUCUGCAGGAUCCUUCCUGUCCCCGGCGGGGGGCGGGGGUUGGCGUCCGGCGAAGGCACCGCAGGCAGCCGUGGUGCUGGGAAAGCGAAGAUCGUGGUGACCUCAGAUUUCUUCUCUCUGGACCUGAGAACGUCUCCUGGCAUGCAGAAAUGAGUUGCCUGCAGUGGCCUACGAGUGCUGCAUUGUAGCCUGAUGCUGAACUGAACACGAGGCCUCCCCAGUGCUCAGCCAGUAAGGGAAGUGCUUGGAAAGAUGAAGAGCUGUCUGCUGGCAUAACAGGAAGUUUUUGUUUUUUAAACCUUGUGAAGUUUCAUGUGACGGCAAAACCAUUUCCUGCCUACUUUUUUUUUUUUUUUUUUUUCCCACAAAAAACCACACACAACCAAGAGUGAAAGGCUAUCAGCCCUCAAGUUUCUAGCCAAACGGGCAAGUGCCUGUGCAUCGCCAUGGCAACCAAACAGCCCCCACCACUGAUGAAGAAGCACAGCCAGACAGACCUGGUGAGCCGGCUCAAGACACGGAAGAUCUUGGGGGUUGGUGGAGAAGAUGACGACGGGGAGGUUCAUAGGUCAAAGAUUAGUCAAGUCCUGGGGAAUGAACUAAAGUUUGCUGUCCGGGAACCACUGGGACUCAGGGUCUGGCAGCUGGUUUCCGCCGUCAUGUUUUCGGGAGUCGCCAUCAUGGCGCUCGCUUUCCCAGACCAGCUCUACGAUGCCGUCUUUGACGAGGAGCCGGUGAGCAGCAGGACGCCCGUGCGGCUCUACGGGGGAGCCCUGCUCAGUAUCUCGCUCAUCAUGUGGAACGCCCUGUACACAGCCGAGAAGGUCAUUAUCCGCUGGACCCUGCUCACGGAGGCCUGCUACUUCGCCGUGCAGUUCCUGGUUACCACUGUCUCUCUGGUUGAGAGUAGCCGGAUAGCCACAGGUGCCGUGCUCCUCCUGGUCAGCCGAGCCCUCUUCAUCCUCAUCAGCAUUUAUUAUUAUUACCAAGUUGGACGCCGUCCCAAGAAAGUCUAAUUCCCAGGCUUUAUGUCAUGGGAAGGGUGGGGGUGGGGGGGAGUUUGUGUCGGUAAUUUUGCAUUAUAAUUAUAACUUUUUUUUGUUAGUUCCUUUCUGUUCUAAAGUGGUUUCAUUCUUUUCCACUUACCGGCAUGAAUCAGUGUGUAACCUGGUGCUGGUGGCAUUACCAGGUUAAGUAAGUGUGGGGAGAGCUGUGUCACGCAGGUCCCCCCCCACAAACCCUUCUGGAGGAGGCAAGCAAACAGCAUGAGGAAGGCUCAGGGAGGUGUACAGGCCUGGCAGGCUCAGGGAAAAGAGCUGGUUUCCCCGGGGAAACUGGCCGAUGGGAUCACAGGCUCUGAACCCUUUGAACAAAGCACAAAAAUCAGAACAGCACAUUGAAACCAAAUCCCUGAAGAGAAAGGGAGUUAAACCAGUGAAGGACUUGGCUACUCCCUUUGGUCGGUCAGUCAGUCAGUCUUGCACCUGCCUGUUAAAGAGUAUCCUCCUAUUUACAGCAAGCUCCUCUUGUAGCAAGUACAGGUCAGGUACCUGGGAAUUAGCCAGGAUUAGUUCUAGUUCAGUGCUGCGUUUGUAAUUGCAAACUGCUGCUCUUUCCUUGCUGCCAGAGGUGCCAUCCUGUAUUUAUUUUUGCACUGAAUGCUAUGCAGAGCUUGGCAGGAGAUAUGGCAAAAGAAGAGGAAGACUCCUUACUUAUUCCCUUCACAGGGGUAGCAGUGGGAACAGUGGAGCCUUUUGGAUUGUAAUAUGAGAGAAGUGAAGGAAGCUGCUGGGAAAACAGCUUGCUGAGCAUGACAAAAAUCUCCUUGUUUGGGGUGUUUCAUGAAGUUUCUGAGCUGGGCUCCUGUCCCCUUCCCCUCACCAUGUUUUCUACAGGUGCAGCUUCCUUGGUGGUUGUGGUAGUUGUGACACAGUGUCACGGUGGUAGCUGUGAGGUAGAGCAGCUGAUGUGUUAGCUAACUCGGGUGCCAUGUGUCUGUCUUGCUGUUGGUAGCAUUAGAGAGCAAGGCGUGAGUGCCAGUGCAGGACUGGUGUGAAGCAGCUGGUGAGAUGAGUCCUAGAUGUGGGAGCCUGUUCUAGCUGAGCUUAUAUACAAGCAUUACACUUACUUACUUCCUUUGACUUUGGGGAGAAAGGACCAAAGUUUGAAGCGCUAGAUACUUAAGAUACUACUUAUUGGGGAUGAAGAAGGGCAAGGAGGAGAAUGUGCAAAGGCAUUACUGCCUUCUCCAAAUCAAUCAAGGAACGACUGAAGGUACGUUCGUACUUGUUGGCCAGUUCCCCCAACACCUAUUGGGGUUACCAGUACUGGUUUCCCCUACUUUCUAGCUAUUUCCUUGCAGAAUAUUCCUGUCCAUAUCUGCAGGCUGCAUUCUUGUUCUCUAUGGGACUAAAAGCCAAAAGCCCGCGUAGAGCGGUUGGAUCUUUUUAUUCAUGAACAAUCAUUGGCUGGAUCAAAGUGUGCCCUGGAGGAAACUGAUCUCCCAAAAUCCCAGUAGGGAGCUGCUUAGUCAGAUAGAACUGCUUGGGUGAACAGCAGACUUCAAGCAACUGAUGACGUUAGGAUCUAGUGCUAUUGCUGUUAAAUAUCUUAGUAUAGUUAGUGGGUAGUUACUGUAUGUAUGUUAUUUGUUAGUGCUCUUGGUAUUUAGAAGCAGCUGCAUAAAUUUAAGAGACGGUGUGUGUGCACUGCACCUAUUGGCCAUGCAAAAUAUGUCAGGUAGGAACAUUGAAAAUAUUUGAACCAAGAAAUAAUACAAUUGUAUUUUUAUUUUUUUUUUUAAAAAGAAAAAAAAAAGAACAGAAUCUGGUGCAGAGGCAACAUUCAACAGCAAGCUGAAUGCAAGAGCCUCCCCACACAUGCCUCCCAAGCUGCUUUACUAAAAUUGAGCUUUAAGAUAGGCCUACCUGUUUAGGUGGAAGAGUCAGGCUCUAGGAGGGAAAAUUUUUCCCUGUAAGCCAAGAAAUGGUCAAGUGCAGCCCAGGGACCAGUACAUACCAGAAAGUGACCUGUUGCUGCAUCGGGGCUGAAAGGUGGCAGGCUGUGGCUCUUGCUCUCAUUGCACACACCACCUGCAUGGGCAGCUGCAAUGGCACAGGUACACGCAGCUUCAAUGCAGUGCUUCAGCUGUAGUUGUUAGUAUAGGUAAGAUGCUUGAACUAGGUAAAUUUGGGGGUUCCGGCAAAUGUGUUCACAGACUGGUAAGUGGUGUUUAGGGAGCAGAGGAAGGAGAGGAGACUGUUUCUUGGAAUGUUGAGCAAAAUUAACCAUUGCAAAGGCAGGCUUAUAGCGAAAUGAAAUGGAGGGUCAUCUUACUGAUGCCCUUUUCUGCCCUAGGAUGGACUUAUUUACACCAUGACUUUGAAUCUGUAGAUGGCUGCCUGAUUAGGUACCUUUCAAGGGCUGUCCAGGAGAUGAGACAUAUGUUCUCACACUGUGUUGAGAGCAGUUCUCCGAAGGCUCAUUGAUGGUAAAAUCAGGUAUGUGUAUUUAAGUCUUUCUAGAGGAGAGUUUUAAAUCAAGUGAGGUCAGAUCCCUCUUUGGUCCCCUGCUUCAUAACUGUCUCUGCAAAACUGAAACCAGUCAGCCACCUCGAGCUGAUGCUACUUCUAGUUUUGUUAUCUGAUGUCUUCUACUCCAACACAGAACAGAGUCUGGCGGUGGCCUCCAAGGGAUUUAAUGCUAAUUGGUACCUAGCCCCAAAAGGGGAGAGAUGAAGUUCUCUUGUUUUUUCCUGUCUGUUGCUGCAGCUUGUCCUAAUAGGACUGGUUUUAUAAACUAUGAAAAUGGACUGGGGCUGUAGGUCCAUCUCUUACAAAGUGAGAUGGGGCAAAUGGACGGCCCUGUCUGGCAACUGCUACAGGAAGGCUUUGGUCCCUUUCCUCCAGCAGUACCUCACAGAUGAAACAGAGCCCAGGCAGCUGGAAGAGAUGGAUUUGUAGCAGGUGAGGGUGGGAGGGAGUUCUGAAGGCCACUUGAGGCUGGAGCUGAGGCAGAGUACUGCAGCACUGCCAGAAACCAGCUGUGGGUCUGUCUUCACUCCACUACGCAUGGGGAACAUUCCUAAGGAUGGAAGGGUUGGGAUCACAGCUACCAGUGGUAGCUGAGCAUAUAAUUUGGGAUCAAAAGCCUUAGGCAUCUCUUCAGGCUCUGGCACUGAUCUGCUGUGAAGAAAAAAAAAAUCCCUUCAUCCCGACAGGUCUGUUUCCUCAUCUGUUAAACUAGGGGGAAGAUCUUGGACUGUCGUCAUCUCCUUUGGGAGGCAAUUUUGCAAAGAAUUACCUAAUUACAUUUGUACAGCGUGGUGCAGGGGGGAAAGCCACGUGUCCCCAAAAGGCCGUGCUCCGAGCAGGCACAGGCCAGGACUGAGGCUGAGCCCCUUCCUGCAACUAGGCAGGCCCAAACCCUUGCAUUUGUAGAGUCCUCAUCGUUGACGGCGAAGCAAGCUGAUCGUUCACAUAACUCUCUACAUAGCCUUAUUUAGGCCUAUAUACACUGCUAUCUGGCAAACUGGAGCUGGUGACAAAAGAGAGGCUCUGUCUGCCCUAAGCUAGCCUCUCCUUUCUAGUCUAGGGUUUUUACUUGAGGGGUGGUUGGGGAGGCAGGGGGGUGAUGGGACGACAAUACACUUCAGUUUAUACCUCAUUUUAGUUGCUGUACCUGAGUUUAUUCUUCCUCCUCUGGUAAGAAAGUGACUGUACUUAAACACCAAACAAAUAGUGAAAAAUUAAAGCCGUUUCACUUCACUGUCACAA